CGGACCAUUCCCACUUCAGUCGACAAUCUUAUUACUUUCUUACCACUAUAAUAUUUUCUUAUUUUACUCUCACAAUAGUACAAGAAAUCCUCUCUAGCUAUUUGAUCCACAAACAAGCACAGAUUAAAGUCAGUAGAAAAAUUAUUUACUCCUAAGAAAACUCGAAUCAUGGCGAGGAAGAUGCUAAUUGAUGGAGAUGUGAACCAGCCUAAUGAACAAGAGGUGAAGUUUGAUUUUGAUUUGUUCGUUAUUGGAGCUGGAAGUGGCGGUGUUCGUGCUUCUAGGUUUUCUGCUAAUCAUGGAGCUAAGGUUGCGAUUUGUGAACUUCCUUUUAAUCCAAUCAGCUCAGAUACAGAAGGAGGAGUUGGUGGAACAUGUGUUCUUCGUGGAUGUGUUCCUAAGAAGAUUUUAGUGUAUGGAGCAUCCUAUGGAGGGGAAAUAGAUGAUGCCAGAAAUUUUGGUUGGGAAAUUAAUGAGAAUGUGGAUUUUAACUGGAAAAAACUUAUGCAGAAGAAGACUGAUGAAAUUUCCAGAUUAAAUGGAAUUUAUAAGCGGUUGUUGUCAAACUCUGGCGUUAAAUUUUUUGAAGGAGAAGGAAGGAUCAUUGGUCCUAAUGAAGUUGAGGUGAUACAACUGGAUGGUACCAAAUUGAGCUACUCGGCAAAGCACAUACUGAUUGCCACUGGAAGUAGAGCUCAACGUCCUCCUAUUCCUGGGCAUGAGCUGGCUAUAACCUCUGAUGAAGCAUUGAGUCUGGAAGAGAUGCCCAAGCGUGUCGUGGUGCUUGGAGGAGGAUAUAUCGCUGUGGAGUUUGCUUCAAUAUGGCGCGGCAUGGGUGCUACUGUGGACUUAUUUUUCAGAAAGGAGCUUCCUCUAAGAGGUUUUGAUGAUGAAAUGAGGGCAGUGGUUGCCAGAAAUAUGGAAGGUAGGGGAAUAAAUUUGCAUCCCGGGACCACUCUGACACAGUUGACCAAAACUGAGAAUGGCAUAAAAGUUCUUACGGAUCAUGGGGAAGAGUUCUUGGCAGAUGUUGUGCUCUUUGCCACUGGUAGGGCACCUGUUACAAAGAGGUUAAAUUUGGAAGCAGUGGGUGUGGAGCUUGAUCGUGCAGGUGCUAUCAAGGUUGAUGAGUAUUCAUGCACCAAUGUACCUAGUAUAUGGGCUAUUGGUGAUGUCACAAACCGUAUGAACCUUACCCCUGUGGCUUUGAUGGAGGGAACAUGCUUUGCCAAUACUGUUUUUGGUGGGCAACCUUCCAAACCAGACUAUAGCAACGUACCGUGUGCUGUAUUUUGCAUUCCACCUAUGUCCGUAGUAGGCCUCAGUGAAGAGCAGGCAAUAGAGCAAGCAAAUGGUGAUGUUUUGGUCUAUUCAUCAUCCUUUAAUCCUAUGAGGAACACUAUCUCUGGACGUCAAGAAAAGACAGUAAUGAAGCUUAUGGUUGAUGCUGAGACGGAUAAAGUUCUUGGAAUUUCCAUGUGUGGACCAGAUGCUCCUGAAAUUGUACAGGGAAUGGCUAUUGCAUUAAAAUGUGGAGCAACAAAGGCUCAGUUCGACAACACAGUGGGUAUUCAUCCUUCUGCUGCUGAGGAAUUUGUGACCAUGCGGUCACUCACGAGGCGUGUUAAUGCCGCCAGUAAACCAAAGACAAAUCUGUAAGAUACCAAAAAAAAUUGCAACCGGAAGAAAAGAAAGCCGGAAUUUCAAGAUAGCUGAUGCGCAGUCAUUUUCCCUGGAAUAAAAAGGUCGUCUUAAUAUUCUAUUCAUCGGCAGAAUUUAGAAUGCUGAUAUGAACAGACAGAUUUGUUUCUUAAUUAAUGAUUACAUUAUUGGAUUGGCAGCCUGUUAGCUCUACCAGUUUGUGGUUCUGAGAGUUCUCUUCACUUGUGCAUUUGUGCUAUCUAGUGUGGACUUGUAUGUUCAAGAAAAAUUAAACUCGUGGGGAUACUUGUAUCGCUAAAAUGAAUUGUCAUGAGUUGCAUCAUAAAUAUAUAGUUCGGAUUGAUUUUU